UGAACAGGACCUGUUCUUAGGUGGUCAGUGUGAAAAAUACAGUGGAAUGUUCUCGUGAAUAGGAAACUGUGAAUCAGAAGCCAACUUCAGCGUCGUGUCAUAACCGAGUUUAGUUUCACUUUCACCAAAUACGACGACGUUUCUGCGGACGUCUUUCUGUUCGGCUUUUAUUCUCUAUAUCUAUUUAAUACGGACGUCACUUUGUCUUUCAUGAUAGGUUUUUAUCGGUCGUUCGAUACUUCGGUGAUUUAGUCUUUUUUUUUUUCAUGUUACGUGCUCCAAUUUGUCGAUUAAAUCAAAGAAUGGCGUCGACGUCCUUGCUUGUUCUUUUCCUUUUAGCCGUGUUCACCACAGACGUUCACUCGGAAGAUCUUGAGGUGUUAAAGGGUUCCACCGCUGUCCUCACUCCAGAUCAUAAAGGAAGGUCGAUCAUCAGCAUAUCAUGGAAACAUGGAGGGGAUCUGGCAGCAGAAUGGUUUGGAGGGAGUCCGACUUUCUACCGCAGCUUUAAGGAUCGCUGCAGUUUAAACACUGAAACAGGAGAACUGACGAUCAAUGAUGUGAGACUGGAGCACAGCGGUGUGUACACGCCAGAGAUUAACAACAGAAUACUAACUGAUAUCAGACUACAGGUUCUCUCUCCAGUCCCCAAACCCAGCAUUCUUUUUAACUGUAACUCUGAGCAAACCCUGUGUACCCUCACCUGUGUGUUUAACAAAACACAUGAUCUGGGAGAUGUUCAGGUUUUCUGGAUUCUUGAUGACGGCAGUGUAAAAGAAGGCAGCGUGCUCUCCAUCACAAAGGAGACGAAGGAGAAGACGUUUAUCUGCAGACUGAAGAAUCCUGUCAGCUCUGAGAGCAGCAACGAUCUGAUAAACCCUCUUUGGUCUAAUAGAGCACUUAUCAUUUCAUUGGCUGUUCUGAUCCCGUGUAUUAUUUUAAUUUCCAUUGGGGUCCUGGUGUAUCGCUACAGAAGAAAAGUUCGGAAAGAAAAAAAACAAUAUAAGGAUGAAAGACAACGACUUCAGAAAGAAUUAGAAAGCUCUCAGAAAGUAAGACAAACACCCCUGAAUGCUGCAGGUGGAGACGCAGCUCCGCCUGAGGAAACACCGACCCAAGAACCAAUCCCUGUUACAGCUGAGAUCAACCAUCAGAACGAGUCAAACCCUCAAGAACCGGAUUUGGAACCAGCUACUACUCCAUCUAUAGAAACCACACAAGAGCCAAACACUAAAACUGAUGAAGAUCCUGAGAAUCUGAACAAGGAUCCAUCUGAGGUCAACCAUGAAACUGGUUCUGGAUCAGCUGAGAAUGAUCCUCCAGAGACAGAGCGAGCUGAAGCCUCCUCUGGUUCUCCUGAUGGAGGCGUCUCCACCUCUGAGCCUUCCUAACAACUGUUACCUCUGACUGCAGAGUCCUACAAGAGGGAAUAGUUUCUCUGAUGUUCUGGAACAACAUCAGGGAACAAUGAUGGAGAGUUUUGAUCUGAACUACAGUUAUUUUUGUGUUUUUAAUGCAGCAUUGGGGUCACCAGUCGUGUAUGUGAUUGGAAAAACCAUCAUCUGAUUGGAUUCUUCCAUCAGAUGAAGACAAAAGAUGUGAAGCCGAAAAAUCACUGUGACUGAACACUUUAAUGGAAAAGAACUGUUUUGAAAUGUCUGUUAUAUUUUAGUCCAGGUCUAGAUUUAAAUAUUGUUUUAUUUAUUUUUUUUCUGUUUUAGAUUUGUGCCAGCAUGUGGAAGAUGAGCCUCAGGUAUAAAAUGAAGAGUAUUUGUUCAGUAAAGUCGAUUUUUUUUUACUAUUUGUACAGCAUAUUUAGGAGUAAAAAUGUUUUAUGACCAAAGUUGACAAACAUGUUUUCUCUUCAUGAUGUUUUUCUACUUGCUGGAAUUUGCUGUUUUUGUCUUUGUGGAGACAGUUGUUGCAUCCACAUGCUACGAGACAUUUUUUAUCUGUUUUUUUGCAUAAGGUGUUCACACUGGACUGUCACUACCCGAUACUAGCGCCGCCUACAGUUGGAAGAGAUUUGGAGUAGAAUAUCAAAGUGGAGCAGAUCUGGUGAUUCUUGUUCACAGAUAUUUCCGUCACAGCUCUAUUCCGACUUGAUUUCAUAUAAUUCCACACAAUUAUUCUAUUCUCCUUCAUUUUCAAGCGGUUGGCGUUUUCACACUACCCAUUCGUUUCUACCAAAUCUGAGUCCCUGAUUGGUCAAAGUUUAGCUAGUUUAACUUUCAAUGCAAGUUCAAUGAUUGCAUGUUUUGUGCACAUAGCCCAAAAACGGGCUUAAAACUAGCGCAGCGAUGUGUGAACGCCAGUGUUUUGAAUGCUGAAGCCUGAAACGUGUGUUUCCAUAGAUUUAUUUGUAGUAGACGUGUUUGUGACUCCAUCAGUGUUUGUUGUGUCAUCGUCAAAAGUUUCCCCUCAGACUCAAAUCUCUUUUGGUGCUAACAAGAGUAUCCAACUGGAAUCAGUAAAGGAGAAAAACAAAACUGUAUUUUUGUAUUAGAUGUUUAGCUUUUUCAUUUUUUACUACAGGGAAACACUUGAAAUGUUUCUCUGAAACACUAGACGUGCAGAAAAUGUCUGUUACUUUAAAUUUCUACUACUACAUUCCUGGAUUUUCAGAAGCAUAACAGACAUAUUGGGAUGUUGAGGUGUUACUAACAUGGUAAUAAACUUUAUAUGAAUCUGUU